GGGGCGUCGCAGGCUCAAAACAAAAACAAGGGGUUUGCUCAGCUCGGGAGGCUGCGGCGGAGCCGGGAGGAGGCGGCGGUGCAGGGCGGGUGCAGCGCCCCGCUGAGGAGCAGGAUGCAGCCGGGGCUGUGAGGCCGGGCGGCGGCGGCGGGGAGGUCGGAUGCGGGUCUCAGGGCACCGCUGAGGAGGCUGGUCCCCGAGCUCGGAGACGGGUCCGGACGCCCCCGCCGCGCCGGUCCGCGACGCCGGGGCCGACACGAUGAAGGAUUUGGGGGCCGAGCACUUGGCAGGUGGCGAAGGGGUUCAGCUUUUCGGAUUGUUGAACUUAUAUCUGGAACAAGAACAGAGAUACCAACCUCGAGAAAAAGGGCUGACCUUGAUGGAGGCUACCCCGGAGAAUGAUAACACUUUGUGUUCAAGACUGAGAAAUGCCAAAGUCGAAGAUUUAAGAAGUUUAACUAACUUUUUUGGAUCUGGCACUGAAACUUUUGUUCUGGCUGUCAAUAUUUUGGAUAGAUUCUUGGCCCUUAUGAAGGUGAAACCGAAACACCUGUCCUGCAUUGGCGUCUGCUGCUUUCUGCUGGCCGCCAGACUGGCAGAAGAAGAAUGUGACGUUCCCCCCACGCACGAUGUGAUCCGGAUCAGUCAGUGCAAAUGCACAGCGUCUGACAUUAAACGCAUGGAGAAAAUCAUCUCAGAGAAACUGCAAUAUGAGCUGGAAGCUACCACUGCCUUAAACUUUCUGCACCUGUACCACGCGAUUGUAUUUUGCCAUACUCCAGAAAGGAAGGAGAUCCUGAGCCUCGAUAAACUCGAAGCUCAGCUGAAAGCUUGCAACUGCCGCCUCGUCUUCUCAAAAGCAAAACCAUCUGUAUUAGCUCUGUGCCUUCUCAAUUUGGAAAUAGAAACGAUAAAAUCUGUUGAGUUGCUGGAAAUUCUCCUGCUUGUUAAAAAACAUUUGAAGAUCAGUGACACUGAAUUCUUUUACUGGAGGGAACUGGUUUCUAAAUGUCUAGCUGAGUAUUCUUCUCCUCAAUGCUGCAAACCUGAUCUGAAGAAGCUGGUUUGGAUUGUUUCGCGGCGUACUGCACAAAACCUCCACAACAGCUACUACAGUGUUCCUGAGCUGCCCACUAUACCAGAGGGUGGCUGCUUUGACGGAAGUGAAAGUGAGGACUCUGGUGAAGACAUGAGUUGUGGCGAGGAAAGUCUGAGCAGUUCCCCUCCCAGUGACCAGGAAUGCACCUUCUUCUUUGACUUCCAAGUGGCUCAGACACUGUGCUUUCCCCCUUAGAGCUCCUGUCUGUGUCAGGGUUAAAGUGUGUGUACCUGUUUCAAAGCAAUACGUGGGGGAGGAGGUAGUUUUCUAGUCUAGCCCCCAUCUAGACAGGAACUUCACAGACUGGAAUACUGACUUUCUAUUUAUUCAGAUCAGAUCUGGCCUAUUUUCAUAUUUAAUCCUAAGCCAUCAAAUGGGUUAGUGCCUCUAAACAGUACUUUAAACAUUGGCACUUUAUUUUCUUGUUGACAUUUAUCUUGGGGAGGAGGAAAGGUGCAGAUACCUUCAUUCCUUUUCAGGACUUUUAAAGAUGAAUGGUGUAGCCUGUCUGAAACUGUAGAGCCUUUAGGUGUCUUUAUUUAACAGACUGGGAGUGUGCAAGGGCUUCCUUAGCAGGGACAGAGCGCGCGAUCCUUUCAUGGUUUAUCUUGGAUUUCCUUCUCCCUUGUUCUCAGAACAGAGACUACAGUACUCUUGAGUGUCAAACACCAAUUCUGUUUUUCUAAUGGUGGUGUAUUGUCUGAUACAGAUCCUAUACAUUAAGAAUUAUAUUGACAUGUCUGUGAAUUUUAGUUCAUAAAUGUCUUGAGCUUUCUGCUGAAGCAGAAGUUGCCACCAAGCUAGGACUGUUAGUUGCAUUCUUAAUACCUAAGUAUUGUCAGACUGUAGUAUUAUUUUAGUGUUACCUAAAAAGUUCAUAAUCUGCUAGCUUUGCAUGCACCUGUGUGAAAGCAGAAGAGGAAAUGGAACAGAACAGGAAAUGGAAUUGAUAAGUGCUGAUUUAGCUCAUCUCACUUUCUUGUAUUAAAAUACCUGCAUGAUUACUUUCUAAUUGUUUUAUAAUUCACAUUUCAUAAUGUAUUGUAUAUGGGUGCCAAGAUGUGAAUAUGAAGUGAAAGCCCUCCAGUGUUUGUAGUGUUAGUUUAAAGCAAUUCUGUGUGGUGAUAUAGCCAUAAGGAUGAAGAUGUGUACACUCUGGACACGGAAGAUUUUGUACAGAGAAUUUUUAACUUUAUAAACCUAUGUGAAAAUGUAAAUCUUUAAAAAUGUACAUAAAAUGCUGUAUUUUUUUA